UGUAAAUCCAUCAGCAGCAGCAGCGGCUCUCACAAAUACAAGAGUUCCUCUAAAGACCUGAAACCUCCGGAUCUGUGGAUUCAUCACGAGCGGCUGGAACUCAAACCCAUGGACAAAUCACCUGAGCCCAACACAGUGAUGACUGACACACCCAUUCCUCGCACCGCCCAGGACACGCCCACAGAGCCCACCCACCAGAGACGAGAUGUGGAGGCCGGUCGCAAAAUAAUGAUGCCAUUUGACUGGGCUCCACCUCAGCCUGUGAUCAGCGCUCACCCCAUCCCUUCUCUUGAUCAUCUUCACCAUCAUCAUCCUGCACCGUGUGGUUAUCUUCAUCAUCAGAUCAGUCUGAGAGCUCCUGCCACUGCAGAAUGUGUGAGGAAUCAGGUGUCUGUACCAGAACCUCUGCUCACUCCCAGUCAGCCUGCCAGCGCAGCUGAACUCCAGAAGACAGAAGCACUGAUCAAAGAGGAAGAUCCGCCCAGCACCAACCCACCGACGGCUCACGUUCGGCCAACACACCCGCUCAAGAGCUUUGGCGUGCCAAUGGUCACCGUCUCCGCCCACAACCCCCCCACCUAUGACACGGCGUUACCCAGCAUGCCUCUGCUGACACAGCCGGUUGCUGGUGUUAAAGUGGCGUCUAUCGGAACACUGAAUCGAGCGCGCGCACCAGUGGCAGUAACGGUCCCCAGUGCACCUGACCAAUCAGAAACCAGUAAGAUGUUGUUACAGGCAGAUAUGACGUAUGAGACGGACGAGCUGUCGGAGGAGAUGGCUCAUCUGGAGGGUUUGAUGAAGGAUCUCAACACCAUCACUACGACCUGAAGCACAGCUCACACGCACACUCUUCUCAGGAAGAACAAGACAUUUUUAAUAAACACUGAUCCCAGGUCAGCUUUAAAAAUGAGCAACAAUAAUGGAUAACAAUGAAUAACAGCAUCAUCUUUUCCCUCCUGCGUGGAGGAAGGCACAAAAGAAUCCUUGAAGAAUUGGACUGAAUGCUGUUCUGCACAAAAAACAAACACGCGUGUGUUUAACCUUCUUUUGGGAUCGUAUUCACAUAGUUCAUAUUUUGAUCUUGUAUGUGUUCUUAUUCACUGUGUAUAGGAUCAUUUUAGAUUUUGUAUUUUGGCUCAUUCAUGAAGAACGGUGAGUUUUUAUUCAAAAUGUUUUUACAUGAAUUGUAAGAUGAGGAGGAAUUUACUGAUUCUCCUUAAGACCUGAUGUUCUUCAUGUAAGAAUGUUUUUUUCACUUUGUCUUACACUGUAAACAAGUGAAAUCAGCGAGAUGAUGUCAUCAGACUCCAGUAGCAUUAAAGGUCUGAUUAUGCAUCAAAACAGAUGAAUGUGAGACGGAUCUUCAUUUUAAAUCCAGUGACGUGAACGUUUGGUGCUCCAGUAUCUCCGCAAAGUCGAGACUGUUUGUGAGAACAGAGAGGAUUCUGGGACGCCACAUGACUCUCCAGUUUUUCUACUCUUGAGCGAGAGAAAUCAAAACCAACCGCAAAUAUUUGCUUGCAUUAAUACGUUGUACACUCCCCAAAAAAGGACAAUUUUAUAUAUUCAUGGUUUGUUUUGUUUUUAUAUGAAGACCACACCUGUUCCAUGUAGGUAAUAGUGAAAUAUUCUGCGUUGUGUUUUUCUCCCAAAGAACAUAUUGAGGAUCAACGCUUUGCUCAUGUACAGUUUGAAUGUCAGUGUGACUGUAAUGAGUUCUGCUUUGUUGUUUGUGUUUACAUUAACAAGACAAGAUUGAAAGAAGCUCAACAACAUACUGAACCAUGUUGAAAAACUGUCAUUUGCACUUUUUAUAUGGAUUUGAAAUUGCUGAUGCCAUGUGAAAUAUCAACCUAUUUUAUGUAAUAAUAAUAAUGUCACAAGUAAACGGCUGGUUUUAAAGACAAAUAACUCGAUGUUGUACUUGUUUUUUCAUUGUUUGCAUCAACUCCACUGCAGGAAAUGACAACAUUUUAAGUAUUUGUUCAUUUCAUCAUCAUUAUGGUCUUUGUCCCCCCACAAAAUAAGAUCUUAGGCUAUUUUGCUUUUCAACUAAAUGAUGUCUUUUGACAAGUUUUCGACAUUUGUAUUGGAAAGUGUUAUAGAAGAUGAUCCAUCAAACAUAUUGUGUAAAGGCCUCAAAUGAAGAAUAGACUCUUGACAUAACCGUAAACCUAAAUGCAUUAAA